AUGAAAGAGGUUAAACACUCAAACAAUCCAACUAGAUCUACUAACUUCAGGAGACCAUACCAUACCUCCAUAUUGGUAAUACCAUUGCUGAAAUUUUUAAGUGUCUGUUACCAGGCGAGAGCACAAAUCUCAGGUCCUACAGAAAAAUACUUGAAACCAGGGUCGACGUUGCGACUACAGUGCUCUGUGGUCCAGACGACAGAAGCACCAGCUUUUGUAUUCUGGUACCACAACAGCAGAAUGAUCAACUACGAUGCUGAACGAGGAAUCAACGUCACUACGGAUCCGGUACAGCGGCUUUCGGACCUCCUCAUACCGGCUGCAAGUGUCUCACACGCAGGCAACUACACUUGUGUACCGAAUAACGCGGUACCUGCUAGUAUUUACGUGCAUAUAUUUAAUGGUGAAAACCCAGCAGCUAUGCAGUCAUCAUCACCGAGCUUCAUCACCUCACUCCAUGGAUUCCUAUUACCAACGCUCACUGUGCUGAAUAUGAUACGGUGA